AUGAUACAAUAUAGAGAUUAAGAGAGUGCAUUGAAUCUCAAUAUGCAGUUGGGAAUAAGCAAUUCAGUCAUGUCUUUUACAAAUCAUUUUAAAACACAAGAAUAAGAUAAUGCUAAAUAAGAAGGAGAGAACAAUUUAUUUAAUUAUAAAAACAAUAAAGAAAACUAUGAUUAUUAGCAGUAGAGUGGUGAGAUCAAACAAAAGGAAUAGCAACAACCUAAUUAGUUAGUAUUUGAUAUUAUUCAUUCCUUUGCUCAAGAAAGCUUAUCUAAUCCAGUACUACUUUAGAAUAUUAAUAGUGAUCAAAAGCAAGCUGUUACUGGCUCUUCUUGUUCAUCUUUUUCUUAGCUUUCUUAAAGGGCUCAAAAUCCUAAUAAUUAAAUGAUCUAAUUGAAGAAUAACAUAAAUAUUCCUAACUUAAAUCUUCAACAGAACUUAUAUCAUUACAACACAGAAUAAUCAAUUAGUCAACUACCACCUUAGCCUAAAUUUGGAAAGGAUGAUUUUAUCAAAAGUCCAAAUAAAUCUAAUUUCGAUGAGCUUUCUGGUUAAAAGCAAACUAUUUAAGAUAGUAUAAAUAGCAAAAGUGGGAACUAAAAUAUUAAUUUAAGUUCUCCUGCUCCACCUACUCCUUUGAAGAAUCACUAAAAGGUGCCCUCAAUAAUUAUCAACCCAAUUAGUUAAUAGCAGCAAGAAAAUAAAUCAUCUCUUUACAUUCCAAUAAACCAAAUGUUUAGUUAAGAGCAGUCAAUAAGUUAAAAUAAUUCAAGUGUGUUGUGCAAUACAAAUGCGAAAUCAAGCUACAGAAGCAAUUCUACUGGAAUGAACAAUAAUAGCUAAGUAAACUUAAAUGUAAAAAAUCUAUUAAAUAAUAAUAGUAAUAGUAGUAAUACUUUUGAUUUAAAUUUUGUGAAUAACACAAAUAGUAGUUCAGUUCUUGCAAAUAAUAAUUUUUAAAUAAUAAACAGCAAUUAUCAAAAUAUUAACAAUUCAAAUAAUACUAACGGUAUUUUGAGUGUCAACUCAUAAAAGAAUAAUAGUGCUAUUUUAAAUAAUUAGCUAAACAAAAGCAACUUAGAAGAAAAUAAAAUGAAUCUUACUGGAAUAGAUCUCACAAAUAGGAGUUUUUUAGGUGAAUUACAUCAGCAGAAUAUUUCAAAUACUAACAAUAAAAGUACGAUUAAUGGAAACAGCAGUUUUAGUAAUAGCAACAAUAACAUCAGUUUUGUAGCUAACUGCAAUAAUACUACAAUUAUGAAGACUUUAGAGAAAAAUAUGGGAGUUUCAUACUAGCAAAUGCAACAUUUGAUUAACUCUUCUCAGUAGUUGUAGAAUAAUUAUUCUUUGGAAAUAGAAAAAUAUUUGGAUCAACUAAAUAGCUUAAAAGAGAAGCAAGAGAAAUGUGAAAACAAAUAAAAAAAGAAAAAGAAAGAGCUUGAAGAAAUAGAAGAUUAAAUCAAUCAAGUAGAAAAUAAAUAGAAAUAUCAUAGAACAAUGAUAUUAAGUGAUGACCAAAGUAGAAAACAAAAAAUAGAAAUCACUUUCAAUAGUCAUUCUUAGCUUGAUACAGUGCUCUAAAAAAUGAAAAACCUCAUAUCAAUAAUUCCUGAUCCUAAGAUGCAUGAGAAGUUUUAAGCCUCCACACAGCCCUUGGAAAGUGUUUUAAAGCAACUAAGUGAAAAUAAAAAAGAGAUAAUAAUGCUCUUGCUAUAAGAAAGAGAUGAACAAAUGAGAAUAAGUGAGUAUCUUAGUGCUUUAAGGGAAGACUUUAAUUCCUAUAUAAUGAAAAAUACAGAGCAUACUUUAAUUUAUGAAGAAAACAAUGAAGUUUUGGAUUCAUUAAAGGCUCAAUAUCCUGCUGAGUCAACAUACAUAACAUAAAAUUUAGAAUAUUAAAAUCAGAAGUAAUUAAUAUUGACAAAGCUUUAGCAAGUUAAGUAAGACCAUGAAAACACACAAAAAGAAAUACAUUUCAAGGAGCAAAUGAUUUCUAAGUUUAAUGAAAACUCCUCUAUCCUGCAACAAAGGCUAGAACAAGCUAGAAGAAAUAAAUCAUCUGGUCCUGAUUAUCAAACCUACGAAAAUCAAUUUUAGCUAUUUUUAAUUGAUAGCUUUGAUGAAAACGCAAGCCAAUUUUACAAAGAUUUCAUUAAGAUUUUCGAUGCUGAAUUUCUUUAAAAAGCUGUCUCCCACUGUAAAGCAAACUCAAAUAUUCUUUUAACAAAAAUUAUUUCCUUUCAAUCAUUGCUUCUCCAAGAAACUCAUAUUAUCCUUUCUAAUUAACUAAACCUCAACUGUGAAGAUUUGAGGAGGAUUUAGGAACAGAAGAGAGAAUUAAUGGUUGAUCUGAACUAAGUGGAAAUGCUUAGGGAGAUUAUUUUAUCCAUAUUGAGUUAUGACUAAUUGUUACUAAAUGUUAGCAUGUGCGUUAGGAAUAUGAAGAGGAAAGACAUUAUUAUGCAAACUUUUUAUUAGUAUCUUAUGAGUAAAAAGACUCAAUUUAGCUUUAAAUUUUAAGCUUAAAAUGAUAUUAUAAGCAUAACUGAUGAUUAUAUGAGAGCUAAUAAGGAUUUAUUAAAUUUAGAAGGUGAAAAGAAAUAAUUACAAUAGCAAAUAAGUGAAUAAUUGAGAGAAAUUAAUAUAUUGAAAAGCUAGUUGCAGUAAAUUAAUUAAAAUUUAGAUAAUAAUGAAAACACUUUCAAAAUCCACUAUGCUAAAGAAUGUUCCUCAUAUUAUGAACAAUAUUUAAAAGAAAAGAACAUCCAAUUAAAGGAUAUUAUGUUCGCUUAUGGAAAGGCUUAUGUUGAAAAGUUGGAGUAAGAUAUUAAGGAAGAAUUUGAUAAGGCUAAUAAAAUGAAUAUAGAUAGAAUUAAGGAAUAAUUAACAACUUUGAAUCAAAAUAUGCAAACAAUUACAGAUAAAAGAACAAAAAAUUUCAUGAUAUUGCAAGAGGAAAUUAAACCAUAAUAUGAAGAGUAUUAAAUGAAGUUAAAAUAAUCUGAGUCUAAACAAAUAUCUUUAAACGAUGAGCUAGCAGAUAUCAUAAAUAAAGAAAGAGUUUACAUCUAAUAACUCAAUUGUAUUUUAAGUGAUCAGUUUGACUUAAGGAAUAAAAAAUUUAAUAAAGGCAGUGCUUUGUGCAACCUUUAGGAAUUGAUGCAAGCAUCUGAAGAGGAGGCAUAAUUUAAUUAUAAUUAAAUUGUUUAGCUUGUUCUGAACUAAAAUACUUUAAAGUAAGACGAAAAAGAAAUUAGCACUUAUAAUCAUUUAUAACUGCUUAAAGAAAAGAUGAGUAUCUUGCAAGAAGAAUUAGUAAACAUGACAAGAGCAGAUGUUGGAAACAUAGCUUAAAUUGAAGCUUAAUUAACUAAAUCAGAAUCUAUCAUGAAAGAUUAUCACUCUAAAAUUGAAUAAAUUCAUUCAGUUUUAAAAGAUUAACUUUCUAAAAUGAAUUUAGAUUCUGAUACUAUUUUUAACACUUUUAACUUGAACUUUUCAGCUCAGGUUUUAAAUGUAAAAGAUCUUAUAAACAAAAAUUAAGAUAGGAUGAAAGCAAUUUAAGAUCUUGCAAAUAAUGGCAAAUUCGAAUCAAAAAGUAAUAACACUGAUCAAGUAAAAAGGUCUAGAUGUUCCAAAAGUAUGUACAUCGAUAUAUCCAAAAGUAGUUCUAAGUAAUAAAGCAAUCAUAACUAAUCACUAAUAUAGCAAAGUAGAAACAAUAUGACAAAUUCUUAAGUAUAACCUAAAUAUGGAAAGAUCACAAUCGAUAUGAACUUUUUGGCUUCAAUGCCUGAUGUAAAAACAGUUAAUACUCAGCAACUUUAAACUUCUAUUAUGAACUCUAACAGCUCAUUCAACCAAAAUAAAGAGAAUUUGCAACCUAUGAAUUCAAGUAUUAGAGGAACUAGUCCUUUACUUCCUAAUUAAAAAUUAAAUCAAUCUCAAAAAGAUGAUAUGAUGAGCAGUAAUUAUAGUGAAGCAUUCUUUAAUUCUAACAAUUCUAAAUCAAAUAAUCGUCUUAAUAAUUCAGGUAGGACUUAAUCCUAAACCUUCUAAAAUAAAAGAUAAAAUAGUAUAGGAAAUGUUACUCUCACUUCUGGCAGAAUUCCUAGUUCAAUUCUUUUAGAUCCUCUAUAUAAUGAACUCACCUCUACUAAUAGCAUUUAAAGCUACACACUUUAGUCUUCUGGUUUCUAACAAUAAUAAUAUUAGCAACCAUAAAGAAAUGGAGAAUCAUAAAAAUCAAUACAGUAAAUAACUUCUUCAUCCAAUCUAACAAAUUUAUCAUCAUUCAACUCUCCUCCUAGUCUUUCAGCUUAAAAAAAUAAAUCAUUAUUCAAACGAGCAAAUUCAUUUAACAAUACUUCUUCUCAGCAAUUAAACAAUAACUCAAGUGGUAACAUCGCACAAUAAAUUCAUAAAAUUACAAACAGCAACAACUUUAAUUAACAACCAAAUAAAAACUCAAAUACAAAUUUACACUUCACUGCUUGGAAAAACUAAAGCAGCAGCAGAAGUAACUUGAACUGUAGCAAUAUAAAUAAUGUUAGUGGAACUAACUUGAACAAUAACAGCGGAAGUAAUAUAACCUGCAAUAAUUUUAACAAUACAUUCAGAGAUUUUAGUCCAAAUAACAAAAGUAUGCUCUAAAAUUAUAAUUUUUAACCAGCUUAUAACAAUCAACAUAAGAACUUUUAAAAAUAAGAUUAGGAUAGAAGUGAAUAAAACAUCACACUAAAUUUAUCAACAAUUAAUCAUGUCCAUAAUGGAAAUUCUAACUUUAAUCACAAUAAUAAUAACAACAACAAUAACAAUAAUUCAAAUUUCAAUAACCUAAUCCAUAACAACUCUCUUUUCCAUAACAUUUCUAUGAAUAACAAUAACAAUACUAAGAAUUAAGAGUAAGCUUCGGCAUUCUUAGACAUAAGUGCUAUUAAUAUGAUAAGCGCUACAAAUAGAAAUGAUUUAAGUGGAGUAUUUACACAAACACUAAUAAACAAUGGUAAUAGCUCAAAUAACUUCAAUAACUCUAGAGUGUAAUCGAAAAACUCUAACUUUUUAAAUGAAAAUAAAUACAGCAUAUACGAUGAUAACAACAUUUCAUUAAAUACUAAUAAUGAUAAAAGUGUAAUAAUGACUGAAAACAAUAAUUAAAGAGCAUUAAAUACCAGUUAAAACAGGAGAUUAAACAGCUAUUCUACUCAUUAAGCUUAUUGUAAUAAUUUAAAUUCUAAAUAAUCUAUAUCUUCUAUUAACUCUUAAAGCAAUUCAAGAUAUAUUGAAAUUUACAAAAUGUAUGGUGUGAGUAAAGAAAACUUUGUAAAAAAAUAAGUAUAUGACCCAAUUAAUAAUAAUUCUAAACCUACUUCCUUUGGUUAUGCAAAACGCUUUCUGAGAUUUAAUGAAAAAAAUUAAAAUCUUGAAAUACUAAAAGAAGAAAUCAUUAACCAGCAAUCAAGAAAAACUAUUGAAUAAGCUUAUAGCAAGCUACUAAUUAAAAAAAUUAACAUCCCUGCUAUAACUUCUUCAAUUUUAGAAUAUAAGAAUGAAUAUAGAUUUAAAGAGCCAGAAGAUGAACUUAUAUCUAAAUUUGUUAACUGUUCCAAUUUACCUUUCUCAAUAGAAGUUGAAAAAAUGGGUAAAAUUGAGUGUAUAGCUUUGAAUGAAGAAGAUCUUAUAUACUUGGCAAAAAUAUUUGCAUAGUGA